GUUGAUGGAUGGGCGCAAACUUGCAGAGGUGUGUAGAUAACGCGCACUGUCGUCCGUGUCAGUUCUCCGCGCAAAAUGCCAGCAUGUUGACAUUCCGUAGGACGGUGAAGUGGCAGCGUGUCCGUUAUAGAGGACAACACAUUGCAGGCGUCUCCAUGAUGAAAACUUAAUGAACAAAGUUUGAACCUCUCUUAGCUAUCGAUCUGCGGCAUCAUGGCUCACCACCACCGCGCUUCGCUUUCCAUUGUCGCAUUUGUUUUAACUUUGUGCGCUGGCGUCUCUGAGUGUUACUUUGCAAUACCACUCAAACUAAACGCAGGCAAAGUGAAUGUUUCUUCGACUUUGAUUAUGGCUUCGCUCCGAAGCCCAAGAGUGGAUGGAAAAGGCUUGUCACUCGCCACGGACCUCACUGGUCCAGUCAACUUUUUGGACUUGGUCAACAACCUGCAGGGGGACUCUGGGAGAGGCUACUACAUAGAGAUGACAAUUGGCACUCCUGGUCAGACGGUAAACAUUCUGGUGGACACAGGCAGCAGUAACUUUGCAGUGGCGGCAGCUUCACACCCUUUUAUCACUCACUACUUCAACACUGCGCUGUCCAGUACCUAUGUGUCAACGGGCCGAACAGUGACUGUCCGCUACACCCAAGGAAACUGGGAGGGUGAGCUGGGGAUUGACCAUGUGUCUAUCCCCAAGGGCCCCAAUGGAACAAUUACCAUCAACAUAGCAGCCAUCUUAUCAUCGGAAGGAUUCUUUCUCCCCGGGAUCAACUGGCAGGGUAUUCUGGGUCUGGCCUACCCCAUGUUAGCUCGGCCCGACUCGUCAGUUGAGCCCUUCUUUAACUCGGUGGUCAAACAGCUGGGGAUUCCUGAUGUCUUCUCCCUUCAGAUGUGUGGAGUUGGACUGUCAGCCAGCAGCUCUGCAGAGACUCUGGGUGGAAGUUUAAUUAUGGGUGGGAUUGAACCAACUCUGUACCGAGGGGCUGUGUGGUACACACCGAUCCUAGAGGAGUGGUAUUACCAAGUGGAAGUGUUGAAGCUGGAGGUGGGAGACCAAAAUUUGGACCUGGACUGCAAAGAGUACAACAUGGAUAAAGCUAUAGUUGACAGUGGAACGACUCUGCUGCGACUGCCCGUCAAUGUGUUCACUGCAGUAGUGAAUGCCAUAACACAGAGCUCUUUGAUCCAAGACUUUUCUGCUGGUUUCUGGGAUGGUUCAAAACUAGCCUGCUGGAUGAAAGGAGAAACACCAUGGAGGUUUUUUCCCAAUCUGUCCAUCUACCUAAGAGCCACAAACACCAGUCAGUCCUUCCGCAUCACCAUCCUGCCUCAGCUGUACAUCCAGCCGGUCACAGACAUAGAUGGCACUCUUGACUGCUUUCGCUUUGGGGUGUCGUCUUCAGCGAAUGGCCUGGUGAUUGGAGCUACUGUGAUGGAGGGCUUCUAUGUGGUGUUUGACCGCAUCCAGCGAAGACUAGGCUUUGCACUUAGCAACUGUGCAGUGAGUGGUGGAGUGGCUCUCUCGGAAGUAGCAGGACCCUUCUCUGCAGCAGACGUAGCAGCUGACUGCUCCACUCGGAUGUUCAAGGAGUCCAUCAUGUGGGUGGUGUCCUAUGCUCUGAUGGCCAUAUGCGCCCUGGUCCUCAUCAUCCUUCUGUUGCUGCUGGUGCUGCCGUACAGACGCAGGCACCGGUCAGGUGAAAUCACUGAUGAAUCCUCACUAGUACGAAACCGGAUCAAGUGACUGAGAGGGAACAUGCGAACCAACAAGGUGAGCAGGGAGGUGUGCACUGAGCAAAGCACGACCGAAUCGGUGGAAAAAGGCAUUAGCCUAAGUCCACACCAAUCUGGUCCCACAGACUCAAAACUGCACACAACCGCUUGUCCCACAGAGGUAGAUGUAGAGAUUUGUGCUGCCUCUUAAAGGGAAACGACACCCUGAAAUUCUACUGCACUCUUCAAACUUUGCAACUGAUAAUAAACGUUUCGGGCAACUCCUGUAUAUCUGAAAUCAAAUAGUGCUCUCCUUAAAAAUGGUAUUGGUCACCAUCACUAAAAUGAUUGUUUGGUUAUUUAUUUGUAGCUUGUUUUGAACAAAUGUCUACCACAGUUCUUUAAUCUUUAACAUUGUGUGCAUUAAUUACAAUAUUUGAACUAGAAAUGCGAACUACUCUUGAAUUUCAUUAGCUGAUCAGUUAAUAUUUCUGCCACACCCUAAUUAGGCAAAUUAGUGUGUUCUUCCAACGUUUAAAAAUGUAUUUACCCUAACUCAAUCAAAAAUGGGUAUGACUUCCUCCUGAUAAAUAUUCAUAUUUGCGAACAACUCCUAGAAACUCGUAUUACAUAACUGCAUUAUAAUGCAUUAUAAUGCUCUAAUAAACCAAUAUUAAUGUGUGAAAUGUGAUGAAUAACUACCGGUACAUUUGUCUCUAGACAUAUAUUUGCAGUGCUUUAAGUGCCUUCUCACUGUUAAUAUAAAAAGUUGGUUUGAUUGUUGGUAGCAGUAAACUGAACUUUUUAAUGAUCAAAAUUACAUGCUAUUUAAAGGUUUAAAAGUGAACUUAAACCCCAUAUUUUUUUCUGAAUAGUCACAUAUUGUAAGUGUACUGUAGAUGUGUUACAGAUUUGUAGUAGAAGGCCUGCAAUGGAAGCAAAAACAAACUGCUUAUUUUUAAAUUGUUGCUUGAGAGUACACUUGAAUCUUUGAAUGUAUAAUUAUUUAAAUAUAAUUCUGCGCUUGUAUUUGUAAUGUCUGUAAAAAUUGUGACCAAAUAGAAGUGAUAUUGAAGCAGAUUAAGGUUGCUUUUAACAAGGUGAGGGCAUGGCGGCAUCUGGUGGAACGAAAUAAAAUUGCAAUAUUACACCUCAGGCAUCAACUAACUUUAUAAUCCUUUGGGUAUUUCUAUACCGUAAACAAUAAAAGUGUGUGAAACCUCCUACAGAUGACAGAACUCGGAAGUCACCGUAUAUUUUUAAACGUCAGAAUUUUAAGAUGGGACAGUGUGAUAAUGACAAGGUAGCAAUGCCUCGUACAGGCCUGUAUCAGUUAUUUCAUCACUAGUAAUAUACAUAGCAUAACAGAAAAUAAUGCAAUAUUAUUUUUCAAUAUACAUUUCAAUAUACAUUUGAAUAAAUAAGUUUCAUUUUCAACACUGUAUUUAGUUUAGUUCUUUACUUGAAUUAGUCAUUUUGAUGUUUCUGUAAGAGACAAAAUAAAACAGUGUUACUUUGUGACAUGUAAUUGUGUAAAAUAUACUUUUACGU